GCUAUAUAAGCACCGAAUCUCACUUCCAAUUUGCCAUGCAUCCACCCCAACAGACUCUCUCUCUCUCGGUCCGCCUCUUUCUCUCUCGUCGCAAUUUGGAACAAUGAUCUCCCCGAGCAAGCUCAAAUCGGUCGACUUUUAUAGGAAAAUACCUAGAGAUUUGACAGAGGCAUCACUUGCUGGUGCAGGAUUAUCUAUCAUAGCAGCAUUCUCUAUGAUGUUUCUAUUUGGAAUGGCGAUGAGCAAUUAUUUAUCAGUGAACACAUCAACAUCUGUUGUCGUUGACAAGAGUGCAGAUGGGGAAUUAUUACGUAUUGAUUUUAAUAUAAGUUUUCCUUCAUUAUCAUGUGAAUUUGCAUCAGUUGAUGUGAGCGAUGUAUUGGGAACAUACAGGUUGAACAUAACAAAAACUGUCCGAAAGUUUUCAAUAGAUUCAAAUUUAAAGCCUACUGGAUAUGAGGUCUACUCAGGCCCUAUUCCAAAUCUGAAAAAUCAUGGAGAUGAAAUUGAAGAAGAACAUGGUGAUGGUGCUAUUCCACUGACUAUAGACAAUUUUGAGACACAUUCCCUCAAGCAUGCCAUUUUUGUUGUCAAUUUUUAUGCACCAUGGUGUUGCUGGAGCAAUCGAUUGAAACCAUCAUGGGAAAAGGCAGCCAGAAUAAUUAAGAAAAGAUAUGAUCCUGAAAUGGAUGGACGAAUUCUCCUAGGAAAGGUUGAUUGCAAAGAACAAAAUGAACUAUGCAAGAGGCAUCAUAUCCAAGGCUACCCUUCUAUCCGCAUUUUUCGCAAAGGGACCGAUAUUAUGGACAACCAUGGACACCAUGACCAUGUAACUUACUAUGGCGAGCGUGAUACAGAAAGUUUGGUUGCGGCAAUGGAAGCUUUGGUUGCACCUGUUCCAAGAGAGUCUCUUAUGCCAGCAUUGGAACAUAAAUCUGUUCUGCCGAUGGAUAUAACUAAGCUCCCUGCACCAUUAACUGGUGGCUGCAGGAUUGAAGGUUAUGUGCAUGUUAAGAAGGUUCCAGGAACACUUAUCAUUUCAGCUCGUUCAGGAGCACAUUCUUUUGAUGCAUCUCUAAUUAAUGUGUCACAUGUCAUUUCACAUUUUUCUUUCGGAAAAAGUCUCUCACCAAGCAUACUGGCGGCAGUAAAGAAGCUAGUACCAUACCUUGGUGGAAGUCAUGAUCCAUUGACAGGCCGAUCAUACAUCAUCAACCAUCAUGAUAAUGCAAAUGUUACUAUUGAACAUUACCUUCAAAUAGUAAAGACUGAGCUAAUAUCAAGAAGGUAUUCUUGGGAACCUAAAUUGCUGGUGGAGUAUGAGUACACAGCACACAGCAGUUUGGCGCACAGUUUACACAUUCCUGUUGCCAACUUUCAUUAUGUGCCAUCUCCAAUGCAGGUCUUAGUAACUGAACUUCCAAAAUCCCUUUCACAUUUCAUCACAAAUAUUUGUGCCAUCAUUGGAGGUGUUUUCACGGUUGCGGGGCUACUACACUCAAUUUUGGACAACACAAUCCAGUUUAUUAGAAAGGUUGAAUUAGGCAAACAAAAUUGAUGAGCUUAGGCACGAAUAAGAUUUUGGCAGUCCGAAUUUUUCUUGUUCCUGUGGUCAGAGAUCAUGCUGGAUAGUGCAAAUCAUGAACAUUUUUGGCAUUGCUUUUAUUUCAUACCUUCUAUUUUUUAAAAUAAAAUCAAAGAAAUAGCGUUAAAUAAUAUUUUUGGUAC